UGUAAAUGAUGGAACUUCAAGCAGCCAGUGUUUACUAUUUAUUUUAUUUUUUGAAUUGUCGCAACACUAUUUUUUUAGUUCAACUUUUAUGUUCUGCCAAAUGAGGUUGUUCAACGUUUCAAAAAAUGAUACAAGCGGGUCAACUUUCGCGUACACGUCGUGUGGAGUUUUUUUUUUUUUUAAUCACUUUAUUUUAGAAAUAUAGGUCACAUCAACAUACACAACCAAAGUCGUUUUUCUUACAAUUUAUACUAGGGAUCGCUUAUAUAUGUAUCUUAAAAUGUUGACAAACAUUUAUAGUUUUAAUAGCAGGGGGCUUGGACUCGCAAUGCAUUGUGGGAUGACGUGAGGACACGGGCUCUGUGACGUCAUCUAGCGACGACGUCGGGAAUUCAACGCAGAUCUACCUUUACCUCACCGAUAUACAGUAUCCGAAAAAAACAUUUAUCCCACGUGUUUAUUUCAGAUCAAAUAAGUGAAUGCUAUCGUAAAAUAGAUCGAUUGACGACUGCUCCCAAUGAAUUGCAGUGUACAGUUACUAUAGCAACCACAAAACAACACGGCGCUACAAGGGAGAAAAUGUCCGCAGAGGCCAAAGAGAAAGAAAAAAGGAGGACCAGUGAGCUUUUUCAGGCAAAGGACAAGAAAAGCAAUGAAGAAGUGAACAUUAAGGAGGCAGUGAAAAUUUCUUCUGCCUCCACUGCAACUAUUCUUUAUGGCCCCUCCAAAGAAGAAAAUAUCAGCAACAUCCCAGAAGCGGUCGACGACUUUGUCAGGAACUUUCUCCACAGACUUGGCAUGACCCAUACUCUGAACUGUUUUGAGGUUGAGUGGUACAGCUCAGCUCAGAUGCUCCUGACACAGCCCUUGAGGCUUCCCCCGGCACCGGGGGCACUUGUCAUCUCCGAUGCCAUCACACACAAGCAACUCCUUCAGUCAGAACUGCAGAAGGUCUACAAAGAGACCAACCAGUUCAAACGGGAAGUUCUAUCUGCAGGGGAUGACCUAGUGAGAUUGCAAAGGGACAGGGAUCUACACCGGCUGCAUUGCCAGCGACUGGUUGCUGACAAAAGCCGUCUGACCGAAGACAUCAGACGGCUGAAGGAACGCCUCGCGUCCUAUGAGCCAGUGCUGAAGCAGCUCGAUGACAAAUAUGAGGUGGCCGUGAGGCAGAAAAUGCUUCUUAGUUUGGAGAGCGAACGGAUGCAGAACACCCUGAAUGCAAGCCAAAGUCAGGACAAGACCCUAACCAAGAUAGAGAGAAGCACCAAGAAGAGCGCAACCCAAUGGCGGAGCACUGCCAGACACCCAAAGGACACGGAGUUGACUGUUUGCAGUAGGCCUGGGAUUCCUCACCGAACUUGGCAAAAUCCUGGAGAACAGAAAAGCCCGAGCUCAUUCAGUCUGUUGUGUUCCAUCAAAGCGCACACGCUUCCUAUAAGCUGCAUCAGUCUACAUCCAGGAAAAAAAAUCCUUGCGAGUGCCAGUGAUGACUGCACUUGGAAGCUGUGGGCGCUGCCGGCCAGCAGGGAGAAGGUGGGUCAGAUGGUCCUAACAGGGGAGGGCCACUCUGACUGGCUGUCGAGCUGCAGUUUUCAUCCAGAUGGAACUAAAAUGGCAACAACCAGCGGAGACACCACGGUAAGGCUUUGGGAUUUUCUAUGUGGACGUUGUGUCUUGACACUUUCCGGUCAUAGCCAGCCCACGUGGGGAUGCUCCUUCCACUCAUGUGGUCAUUUCCUGGUGUCUUGUUCCUCUGAUAAAACUGCCAAGCUGUGGGACCUGAACAGCCAGCGCUGCCGGCUGACAAUGCGUCGCCACACUGCCUCUGUCAACAGCGUCUGCUUCCAGUCUUUCUCCAACACUCUCCUCACAUCAUCGGCAGAUAAAACUCUAGCCCUGUGGGACAUCAGGCUUGGAGUGUGCACAGCAUCCUUCACUGGACACCAGCAUCCCUGCAACCAUGCCACCUUCGCCCUUGCCGAAGAAGUCAUUGCUUCCUGUGACAGCUAUGGCAUAGUCAACAUCUGGGACAUCAGGAAGCCCACCUCUGCUGUACACACUAUAGAUGCGGGGCCAAUGAGCGGCAAUCAGGUGGCAUUCAGUCCGUCAGGCAGGAUGGUUGCAAUUGCGAGCAGCGACAGUUUGGUCAGACUGGUCAACGUGGACUCAUCCACAAUCAGUAACCUCUCAGGACAAGGGGACAGUGUGCAAAGUGUCACAUUUGACCACAAGGGGACAACGGUUAUGUCUGCAGGAAGUAAUGGCCUCAUUAAUGUAUGGAUGUAAAG